UACAACAAAAAGAAUCUAGCAAUUAUAGAUGGAUGCCAACAAUGAGAAUCAGGAACAUGCUUCUGUUUGUUCUUUUAAUCCUAUGAUGUUGUCUACUGAUCAUGUUUACCUUGCAGUGUUAAAUGCUGCUAUUGAGCUGAACUUGUUUGAGAUUAUUGGUAAGGGAAGCCCUAAGGGCAUGUCUGCCUCCGAAAUCGCUUCCAAGCUAGGGACUCCACAUGCCGGCAUGGCUCAUCGGCUAGACCGAAUGUUGUUUUUGCUUUCUAAUUACUCUUUCUUGACUUGUUCUUCCAAUAAACUUGAUCAACAUGGUAAGAUUGAGAGGCUUUAUGGUCUAUCUCCUGGUGGUAAAUACUUAAUCACCAAUGAAGAUGAAACUUCUUACGUUAGACUCUUCAAAUUAUGUAAUCAUCCCACUUUCAUAAAGAUUUGGCAAAACUUCAAGCAAGUGAUUCUUGAUGAGGAAGAGGACCUUUUCAAGACAGUUAAUGAGAUGUCUAUUUACGAAUAUAUGGAAAUGGAUCCAACGUUCAAAACUACUUUUCAUGGGGCAAUGGCUGAUUUAUCGAUCAUACAGAUGAAGGAUGUACUUGAGACAUAUAAAGGAUUUGAGGGAAUAUCAACACUUGUUGAUGUGGUGGUGCCAUGGCCAAAGCCUUAG